GUUUAAUGGCAACCACAGCAAAGGUGAGAAGCAAACAAGUACAGACUCUAAAGAAUCAGUCUCCAAACAGAAGUUCAGCAAGGUAGGAAAGAGUAUUUGUUGCAUUGAUGUAUGGAAAGAAGACGUUGGUCUGGAAUAAGUUCAGUAGUUAUAACCUUUUUCUCAUGUGUUAGAAGAAUGGAAUGUGUGUGACUUAUAAACAAAAUGUGUAAACUUGUAAUCAAAAUCAAGGCCUGAUGCCCUUGCCGUUGGAACAGAGGUAUGUUUCAAAACGCCAAACUCCAAAAGUUGAAAAUGUUCUGUAAAAUUUAAAAUGUAUAACACGCAGAGUGCCCUCCUCCUCCAUCCGUCCCUGAAGGGAAUUUUUAAAAGAAAUACAAGUAGUUCUUUUUUUUUUUUUUUUGAAAGAUAAAUGUCACUCUAUUGUAGAUUGGGGUUGCUAUGUUACUUAAUUAUGUUAAAUGUCAUUUCUGCUCAUCAAAGACAACUCUUUCUUUUCAUCCCUUUUUGGGAGAAUGCAUGUGCAGCCUAAAUAAAACAUCCAUUGGGGGAGGGAAUUGCUAGCAUAAAAUCUGCAACAAUGAAGCCAGCUUUGCUUUUAUUGUCACAGGGGUUUAUGUUGCAGGAACGAGUCGGAAGCUGGAAUUCUCUUUUCUCUAGGGAUCAAAAUGAAAGAGAGAAAGACAGUUACUGUUAUUCUUCUACCCCCACUGUGCUCUGUGAGAUGCAGGCUGCGUGGAUUAGCAGCUUCCUAACAGGUCGCUGGGUACUAAAACAAGGACACCCCUGGAACACCGAGUUCACCCUCAACUAGAGAAGUAAUAUUGGAAAGCGAAAUUAAUGGCGCUCUUGUUCUAUGAUCAACGAUCUUAGCUGUCUAAGAGAUAAAUGAAUUUAGCAUUUGUUUCAGAAGCAAGAAUGGAGAACAGAGGUGCAGAGAGGACUCCGCCCUCGGGCUGCAAGAUGAUCUUUCUCCUCCUUCCCCUCCCCAGCCUCAUUGCUAUUAAAAAACCAAAGUCCUGCCACUCAUUUUUUAAAUGUAUGCUUCUGGGAGACUUGUAUAGCAAUUAAAGAUAUUUCUUAGAUUUUUUUUUUUAAUGCUUCAAAGUGUAAGGGGAGGGAAGAUGUAGCUUUCUAUUCUGAUAAUCCCUAUUGAUUUUUUUAAUUGAAAGUAAUAAUUGUUUUUGGUAAUAAAAUUCAAAUAUAGCACAAAUAUACAUUUGAACUAAAAACUUCCUUCUCACCCAAUUAUUAUCCUCCUAGGAGACUCCUGUUAAUGAUUUCUUGAGUUUCUUUUCAGGAAAAAAAAUUGGCUCCAGUUUUACAUACAUUGAAUUAUAUUCUCCUCUGUGCCUUUUCAAAAAUUUGAGCUAGUGUUGAGGCUUUGGGCCUGUUCCCCAUGAAUGCUGGCCCUAUUUCUUAUCAAGACAUGAGAACCAUCUCCUGUGCCCUAGCCCUAGGCUGGAGAGGAUAAAAUGAUAAAUAGCAUCAGAAUGCUACGAGAUGUUAAAAACAAGGACCAAACGAGGGUGGUGAUACUGUCUUUCGCUGCCAUCUCUUCAACAUAAAGUGCACACAGCUCUCCCACCCGGCCCUUACAGAAAUAGGAAACUCACUAGAGAAGUUUCGCAAUUUGCAAAACUGCAUAGCCUGUCACGUAUCUCUAGAAACUAUCAGAGACAGUUUGCCUAAAAAGCCACAUUAUGUAUUUCCCUCUCGUGAUAAAACUCUAUGUUUCAUCUUCAAGGACAAGAUGCAGUUUACGUCACUGCCAGAUGGUUUAAAGGACCGCAGAGUUCCGGGAUUAGUUACAUCUGCCUCUCAGGAUGUGUUCCAGGGCAGAAGGCUGCAGAACCAGCGAGUCCCACGCCCCACCUCGCUCAGGAAUCCAGAGCUGGGGAAAUUGAGCCGAGUCAUCCCUUCUGGCUGCAGCCCCGGGACCUGGACGCAGUGCUGAGCCGCGCGCCCCGCUUCACCCCGCCCGCCGCGCCACGUGACCGCGCCGCCGCGUAGUUCCAUGGACCAAGCACAGAGAACCCUGGGCCAGCCCCCUUCUGUCCCCACCUCCCAGCCCAAGAAGAGAAGGACACAAAUGAUGUCUUUCUUUUCCAAGGCCUCUUGGAAACUGAGGUUCCAGAAGCAGGAGCCUCUGAAGAACACGUUUUUCAUCUUGGCAGAAAGAGCCCGAGACCCCAGUGCUAAAAAGCGUCACAUGGCCAUGAGGGGCCUGGGGGCCAUGGCCUGUGAGACCCCAGACAAGGUGAGGAAGUAUAAGACCGUUGUUCUGGGCCUGCUGGUACACGGCUUGUAUGACCCCAUGAGCUCCGAAGUCAUCCACGAGAGCAUGAAGACGCUGACCAUCCUCCUGAGCAAGAGCCAGGGCAAGGGCUUGGGCUCCUUCUUCAUAGACAUCACUCUUCAGACCAGGACCUUACUAGAGGAUGAGAACGACAGUCUGAGAUAUUCCGCUUUCGUCUUGUUUGGGCAACUGGCUGCGUUUGCUGGGCGGAAAUGGAAGAAAUUUUUCACCGGUCAAGUGAAGCAGACUCAAGAUUCCCUGCUGAUCCAUUUACAGGAUAGGAAUCCCCAGGUGGCCAAGGCUUGCAAGACUGCUUUUCGAGCCUGUUCUCCAUAUCUGCAGAAAAGGAAGGAGUACAGCUUUCAGAGUGAAGAAGAUCAACGGAACCCUAAACUCAGCCGGCAGCUGAUUGAAGCUGCUGAAGGCAGGAUCCUAUCUUGUAUAUCUUUGUAUCUCCCACAUGACCUCAAAGGUACUCAGUAAGCACUCAGCAAAUGAACUGGGGAGAAAAGAGUCAGAAAGUCAUCUGAACCUAUUACUCUGUGGGAGGAGCCUAUUAUGCAAAUGAGAUCCAUCAUACUCUAUAGUUGAUCUGCAGGUUACUGUUAUGCUAUGUAUUUAAAGUUUGUCUUUCCUCACAAAGUGCUAUCAUGUUAAAUGCUCAGUGGAGAAACAGAAAUCUGGGUGCCUGUUUCAUUUGGCUCAGGAGAUGGGGUCUGUUUUCACGGGAGGAGAGACAAGAGGAAGACACAGAAAGUGAAGCUACCGGUGUGAUCAGUAUGGGCAACUUGUGUGAGCCAAUUCUGUGGGAUCCCAGACAGAAACGGCUUUAAUUGAGGGAAUGUUUCACACGUUAUAAAACACACUGGGGUGUGUUUUCUAAAGAGCGAGAAACCAGCUGUAUAGGAUAGCCAGCAGAUUGUGUAAAUUGAGCAGAUACCUAUUUGUGCUUGUCUGCAUUUUCCAAGUUUCCUGCUAGAGGUAGGUGUUACUUUUAUAAUCAUAACAUACACAGAGACACCCUCCUUUAAAACAAAAGGCAAAUGCUUAUCGGUGUGAAAGCUGUGCGUGGGAAGUCGGGGUGGUUAUUGUUUACUCCCAGUAGUGUGUCCUUGCCUGUCCUUUGGUGAUAUUUUUGUUUUAACCUGUUGAUGACAUAACUGGUUGGUGACCAAUAAAGUGACUUA